CGGCAUGGACGGCAACGGCACGACGCGGAGCGGGGCGCCGGCCGAGGCGCCCACCGUCUUCCCCCGCGCGGGCUACAGCGCGCUGGCCUUCCUCAUGUUCGUCAACACGCUGCUGAGCGUCUUCAACAACGGCCUGGUGAUCGCCGUGUCCCUGAGGAACCCCGGCCUGCUGCGCCCCAUCAACGUGUUCGUCGUCAGCCUGGCGGCGUCCGACCUGAUGAUCGGCCUGUGCGGCUCCCUGGUGGUCACCGUCACCAACUACCACGGCUCCUUCUUCAUGGGCCGCGCCGCCUGCGUCUUCCAGGGCUUCGCCGUCAACUACUUUGGCCUGGUGUCGCUGUGCACGCUGACCCUGCUGUCGUACGAGCGCUACAAGGCGGUGUGCGAGCCGCGCGCCGGCCGGCGGCUGAGCAUGCGGCGCAGCGUGACGGGGCUCCUCCGCGUGUGGCUCUUCUGCCUGUUCUGGGCGGCGGCGCCGCUGCUGGGAUGGAGCGGCUACGGCCCCGAGGGCGUGCGCACGUCCUGCUCGCUGGCCUGGGAGGAGAGGUCCUGGAGCAACUACAGCUACCUCAUCCUGUACACGCUCACGUGCUUCCUCUUCCCCGUGGCCGUCAUCAUCUACUGCUACUCCAAAGUCCUGGCGUCCUUGCGCAAGUUGAACAAGAGCGUGGAGUCGCAGGCGGGGCGCUCUUUGAGCAAGGAGACGGAGCGCGCCGUCAAGAUGGUCCUGGCCAUGAUCGCCGCCUUCUUCGCGUGCUGGCUGCCCUACACGGCCCUGUCGCUGGCGGUGGUGCUGCGGCCGCAGCUGGACAUCCCCCCGCUGCUGGCCACCGUGCCCAUGUACUUGGCCAAGACCAGCCCCGUCUACAACCCCGUCAUCUACUUCCUCUCCAACGAGCAGUUUCGAGACGCCGCCGUGGAGACGCUGUCCUGCGGCCGCCGCGCCCCGCGCGGGAGCGCCGGCGCGGUCGGCCUCGGCAUGCGGCCCCUCAACAGGCGGCCCCCGCCCGGCCGCUCCGGCCGCAUCGCCGGGCACGGCAAGGUGCUCCCUCUGUGACAGCCGGCGCAGAUGCCGCGGGGGCGAUGGGGGGGGGCUCCGCACGGGGGAGACCGACGGCCGAGGAGCAGAAGGACUCCAAAGCAAGCCGGGGGAGUCCUUCUGCCGCGCACUCAAGCGAUCCAAGACAGGCUGGGUGUUGUUCUCCUCACUUCGUCUUGUCCGUGACAGGCUCUCGUUGGCCACUUCAUUAGGUACACCGACACCAGCUCGUCACCGUUCUGCCUUUCAGCGUGACAAAAAUGAAAAUGCAGUGGAACCUCGACUUACGGCUUGUGUGUGUUCCCUUUCCAAGCUGGUUAACGACGUGAACUGAAAUCGCUUGAAACGAAACAGUUGGUCAAAAGCGUCCUGCUCUCGUGGCGUCUGUCCAUAGCAUUAGCAUCAUUAGCAUCAAUAAAGGCUGAUUAUUAAAAAAAAAAAAAAAAACAUGCAUAUGUGUGUAUAAAAUCCCCCCCCCACACACGAUAAGUGGUGCAGGUGUACCCAACGUUGUGGCCUCGGAGUCCCCUCCAUGUUUUGUCCGUUCCAUCUCGUCUCGUCUUGAAAUGUUGCUGUCAAUAAAAUGUGUCGUGCAGACUCGCACGUUUCAAAU